CCUCGCGGCACUCUAUACGCUUUUGUUUCCAUAGCAACUACGGUGGACGCGAAUGUACAAACAUGAGGGCGUUGGUAGAUUUGUUCCCGGACUUAUAAUGAUGGAUGACAUCGAGCAGGCAAUAGAUGAGGAGCUGAUGAAAUUAAACCUACAUCCUUCUGAAAAUGACUCCGAAUCAGACGAUGACAACUUCACUGUUUUGGAUGGAAAUCUGCAUGCAGAAAAUGAGCUGCCUGACUCAGUACUCACAUAUGUUGAAGCUUCAAGAAAUCGAAUGAAUACCUUUGAACAAUUAAUCCUUGAAGAUGUUAAAGAAAAGGACUUCUCAAGCCAGAACCUGUCUCACCUUAAUCACAAUGAACCAGCUUCAGAUUUCAUAGAGGACCCCAUGAAGUGGAAAGAGCGAGUUAUCUCUGAAUUAGUGGAACAAGUUGGACAUCUAAAUGACAUUGAGCCACAGAAUGCCCAGUGGGAGAUUCCAAAUAUGUCAGGCAUGGAAGAUGAUAUAUGCCCUGAGAGUGAACUGCAACUUAGUCUUGAGUGGAGAGAAUUAGAGAAAAGACUGAGAGAGGAAGAAGAGCAGAAAUUAGCAGCACAGGAGGUAGAAAGAGAGCUGCAUCAGAACUCAGAAAGAGAAGAAGAAGAGAGGAGGAGGAGAGGACUGAUGAAGUUUCAGGAGGAGCUGAAGAAGAUAGAGGAGGCCACUUGGUUUCAAAAUGUUGGAGUGAAAAACGAAGUUCACCACACAGAAGAUCUUCAAAUGGAGCUGGAUAAACAGCAGAACUUAAUAAGGAAACUUGAGGAGCAGAUGGAGGAGGAGAAACAGGCUUUUGAGAAGGCUCAGGAGGAGGAGAGAAAGAGAACCCAGAAACGUCAUUGCAUUGCAGCAACAAAGAUUCAAGCUGCUCUCAGAGGAACAUUAGUGCGCCGCUGGAGCAAAACAGAGCUUAGGAGAAAGAAAGAAGAAGAGAGGAGACAUGAGGAGGAGAAGAGGGAAUGGGAGAAGAUGAAGAAGGAGAGAGAAGAGGAGAGAGAGCGGAUCGAGGAAGAAGAGUGCGCUCAGAGGGAGGAGAUGGAGAGACGCAGAGCAGAUUAUGAAAGAGCUAAAGAACAAGAGCGCUACCGUCUGGAGAAGGAGCAAAGACUUGAACAGCAGAAGAGGAAAGAGGAGGAAGAUGAGAAAAAGAAGAAAAUGCAGAAGAAGGAAAAGCAGAGCAACAUUACAAGUGUAAAAGAUGAUUGCAGAAGACAGGAGGAGGAUGUAGACAAGAAGAAUAAAGAAAAGGAAAGAAAGAAAGUGGAAAGGAGUAGUCAGGUGAAGGAUGAAUGUAAAAGAGAGGAGGAAAGAGGGGAAAAUGAGAACCUAGACAAUGAGGUAAAAAUAGAAGCUAAUAAUGAAAGAAUAAGGCACGGGAAGAAAAUGGAAAACACAUCGGAGGACGACAGGAAUACGAUGAAAAAACAGGACAAAACUAAAAGCAUAAAUACAGAAGACACAGAAAGAUUAGAUGAUACAGGACCACAAACAAAAAGUGAUGAAGACAGAAUAAAGAGCCAUAAAGAAGAAAAAACAUUUGAAAUCAGUGGAGAGCUUGACUCUCAGGUAAAUCGCUCACAGUCAAGAAAAAGCCUUAAAGUUACCAAAACCACUACAGAGUCCCACGUAAAUGUACAUCAAGGUCUCUCCAGUGACCUUGGUAUUAGUCCAGUGGGUUCCUCAAGUGUUGCAGAUCAUCUAAAUGUUAAAGCAGUUAUUAAAACAGACUUGGCUGUACAAGUUUCUGAUUUGGCUGUUGUAGCACCUGAGAUGGACACUAGAGGGCAUCAAAAUACUACAGCUAUUGAGCUUGAGGACCAUAAACCAAAAAGCCAAGAAUCAAUUUCAAUAUGUCUGCCUGACAGCACAGAACAGAAGCGACUGGCCUGGAUGAUGAACUGCACUCCCUGGUCCAAACUAUCAUUGCAGAAUAAAAGGAAGGGGUCUUCUGCACAGCAGCAGACCCAAAAAAGAGGCCCAAGAAAAAGAAGAGUCCCCAGUUUACCCUCUCUGUCUGUGGACGCUAUUCUCAAAACAGGAGCUUGGAGCUCUCUCAAACAGGUUACAACAGUUAUAUUGGAAGACCUGCCAGGCUGUAGCCUGUCCACACUGUCCGAGUGUAACAAACUGCAGACUUUGACCCUUAGACGUUGUGGCCUCACAACCUUGGAUGGAUUGAACCAGUGCACUCAGAUCAGAUGUAUUGAUGUACAAGAGAACUCAAUUACGUAUGUGGAUUGUGGAGGUCUGGCCAGCCUUCAGGUCCUCCUGCUGGGCAUGAACCAACUGAUGUCCAUCCAUGGUCUUGAUGGAGCCGAAAAGCUGCAAAUUCUACAGCUCUCACACAACAACAUCUCUCGCAUCAGUGGUUUAGGAACCCUGAAAAUGCUUCUGCGAUUAUCAGUGGACCAUAACCAGCUGCUCAGCACAAGAGGUUUGAAUGAAAUUUAUACCCUUCUCCAUCUGGACUGUUCGUACAACCACCUAAGCCACGUUGAGGGUUUGGAGAAUUGUGCUCUGCUUAACACACUAGACCUCAGAGGAAACAGUCUGAAGCAGCUGCCUGUUCUGCAGAACCAUGUUCUUCUGAGGGACCUUUACCUGGAUGACAAUCUUAUAUCUUCUGUUCAUGAUCUGGAAUCCUAUUGGCUGCCUUUGCUCCAAAACCUCUCUGUGGCCCAUAACAGUGUAACUCAUUUAAUUCCACUCUUGGAUUUGGUGUCUCUGAGGACGUUGGAUGCCAGUCACAACUGUCUGUUAGAUUUGCAGAAUGUUUGUCUGAAUCUUCAGGAAUGCACCAGUCUUCAAGAACUUAACCUGACUGGUAACCCACUAGAGCAGGAAAGCAACUGGUGGUCCUUGCUUUUGGAGACAGUGCCUGGCUUGAUUAAGUUGAAUAAUGAGCAGACUGCUGCUGCCGCAGCGCCCUGUAAAUGUCCGGAACAGCAGUGGAGUUUCCAGGCCCUCUGUCAAGCACAGCAAGAGCAGCGAGAUUCACUUCUCCAGCAGCAAAAGAUGGAGAUCAGUUCUGCGCCCUCACAACAUGACGUCCAGAUUCUUGCCAUUGGUCACCAGACAGACCUGUUCAGAUUGGCGGUGGACCAGCGCUACGCCCAUGAAUACGGCGACAGCUGUGUCACAGAAGAUUCUACACUGGCGGCAGCUGGUAACAGUAGUUCAUGUGGUUAUUCUGAAGCAUCUUUAUCACAGGGACAAAGUCCAAAGAAGCAACUUCAGCAUACAGCAGAUUGGCAGAAACACAAUCCACAAAAGAUUCAACUUUCUCCGGCUGACCUUGAGCUACGAUCUGCUUACUGCAUGCAGACACAAAGUGAGAAGGAACCUGUUCAGGCACUGAACCUCAAAAUAGCGGCAGCUGUGGCGAUCCAGCGAUGCUGGCGGAGGAGAUGUGUAUUGCGGAGACAUGAGGGCCUCCCAGGCUUAAUUGAAAAAACUAACACAAAAUCAGAUCUUAAUAAGGUGGAAGAUACCUUCAUUGGGAGGCCUGAGAGGGAACGUGCUGCUAUUGUUAUUCAGGCUGCAUGGAGGGGCUGCGUUCUGCGUAAAAAGCUGGCCCGUGCUCUAGCUGCCGCUCAGAUCACAGAAAGCGAUGAGGACUUAGAAGAAGUGGACAUGGACGAAUUCAUUUUUGAUGAGAAAGCACUGGAGAAAGACUGGAUAACCCUGCAUUCCGAUGCCUUACCGGCCAGAAUGAUGCCAUUUUCGGAACAGCUGCCGUUGCCAAAGUCUCCUCUCUGUCUUCCGAUGCCUCCAAAGGCCCUAUCUGUUUUUCCACUGCAGCCGAAACACGCCUGGUCAGAUAAAGAAGGUGCAGCCUGCUUGGAGCAAAGCAUGUCGCCUCACCUUAGUAGCAGAUCAAUCCUCAAAACCCACACCCUGUCUGAGAAAUCAGAAAAAAUCCUCAAAGAAUGGGGCAUCACUAAUGAGUCCACUGCCCUUCUCAUGCUGAAGAGAGCCAAUAAAAUGAAGGGCAGGAAACGGCAGCAGAAGAGAUUAAUUGACCCAAAUCCACGUCUACACCACAGUAACCAGUAUGUUUCCACAGAAACUCAAAGGCAAACACAUCCUACUUUCAAGGGCAACUUUAAAGUUCACCAAGCAGCAAAAGAAGUUCCCAAAUUACCGAAAGCAGAGGAAAAACAACCUUGCAAGGAGAGAACUUACCAGUGGCUCCACACACAAGCAGUCCAUCCCGACAUAGACUCCACAGGCACGGGACGGGAUCAUUUCCUCCCUGAUAUUGACCAGGAUAUUCUUAAUGGUGGGAGGGUGCAGCUUGUGGCCAUAGGGGAUAGAGACGGUGUAGAUUCGGGAGCAAGAUCUUGGGCUGACUCCACUAGUGUCUCUCCACCUCUUAAAAAGCAUACUCAGCCUCGAAGAUACUCAGCUGAAAACAGAAAGUGCAGUGGGUGUGGCAUGAAGCACACGAUGGAAACUGACGUGACUGUACACAUCAUCUGGCUCACUUGA